UCCAGCCUACCAGGUCCCCAGGGGCAGCUCUGCCAGCCUAGCCCAGGCUGGCCUGGCUUAGCCACACAUGCACCAUGAGGUACCCUUUGGUGCUGCUGGUGAACGACCUCAAGUUUUCUUCCCUGGUUUUCUGCCUGUGCCUCCCUGUGGGUUUGCUGUUAUUUUUGCUGAUCGUCUGGCUACGCUUCUUACUUCGCCAAGAUUCAGAGGAAAAUGACUCAGAUUUGUGCUUGGAUUGGGAGCCCUGGAGCAAAGGCCUGGCCAGGUUUUGCUGGACGGGGGCACGGCCUAGCGCAGAGGAGGAGUGGCUCUGCGGGUGAGCCUGCUCCGCCAGCCUGGCUUUCCUGGUGUCAUCUGGACUGUGGCGAUGACCGAAGUGGACAGGAGAGACUGGCCAGGGACGGAAGAGGACUUUGGCAACUGCAGUGCCUCCCUGGAACCCCCAACUCGUGUGCUCUGCAGAUAGAUAGCCGAAAGCCUCUGGAGGAACCAGCUGUUCUACGCCCUUGGGGAGACCACCCAGGCCCCCCAGGGAGGAGCCCGCGUCUGUGAAGACAGGAGGAGCAGGCGUAGGGGGACACGUUGGCCAACCCCAGCCAGAGAGGCCCUAGGCAGGCCUGGGCCAAAGGGUGGGGUUGCAUAUUAAAGA